AACACUACGGAUCCGAUACGGAUGAAGUUAAUGGAAUCAAGCGAAGAGGACCAAGCAACAGAACCGUCGAAGACCGCAGCUGAAAAGUACUUAAUGAUCGUGACUAAAAGUAUUGAUGAAGUUGCGUCAUCCGUGCAGGAAAAUGAAUGUCGCGAUGCGGCACAAGGAGGAUGCGAGUUGGUGGUGAAAUAUGAAGUUUGUGCGACGCCAAAUGGUAUGAAGGCCUGUCGAAAAACUUGUGGUGGUUGUGAAGGUAAUAUCACGUUUCGCUAA